GUCUCGAAUUCCAACCAAUUCCAACAGUUCUUUGGUAUAUCCAAACAACGUGAUGAGGAGGUUAAUUGGAAGCGUUGUUAUCAGCUAAGACUUUGAUAUUACACUUCGAGAGGUACAGCUGGAGAAAACUCUAAGAUUUCAAGUCAAAACAGUGUCUGAAUCUGAACUGCAAUGGAGUUGUGCGCAGUAAAAUUGUGCGCUGUCCUCAUUGUCUCGUGGGUAUUUGCAAUGCACGUCGAAGCAGUUGAAUUCUGUGGAGUCCCUCUCGGUAUGGAAGACGGUCGUAUUCCGGACUCGAGCAUUACGGCAUCAAGUACAUUUACGCCGACCACCUGCUUAACGCGCAACGCGAGGCUCAACAACCCCGGAUCCCCGUGGACUGAAAGUGGUUGGUGCCCGUCUAAUUCGGACAGGACCAACCCGUGGCUGCAAGUGGACCUACAGCGACCGACAAAGAUCGAAGGAGUGAUUAUGCAAGGCGUUGUGGGAGGCCUGGGCGUCACAGCGUACCAGGUGCAGUACAGCAACAAUCAGACCGGGUGGCGUUACGUUGGCCAAAACGAAAUGGGUUCUGGCAUAGUUGAGACAUUUAGGACUAACGUCGGCUCUUCUGGACCUCCCGUGACACACUUGUUUCCCAGUCCCGUAAAAGCACGUUAUAUCCGCAUCAGACCAACAGAGUAUAAUCUGUUGCCAGCGAUAAGAAUGGAGCUCAUUGGUUGCCAAGUACUAGACUGCCCAAGCAACAUUACUCAAUUUGCUGAAAUCAGCAGCACAGCAGUUCCCGUGUCUUGGGAGGAGCCACCUACAGCCGAUUCGUUGCCUUGGAAUGCCACCCAUCGCCCUGGUGACUUGUUCCCCGUAGGAAGCGUCACUGAAGUCGCUUACACUGCUCAAAACGAUGAAGAAGGAAGUUUCAUUUCUUGCAGCUUCACUGUGGCUGUGACAGGGGUUGACAUCACGUGUCCGGGAAAUGUCUCUGUCUCCACAAAUGUCAACAACUUUGCCAAUGUCUCGUGGCCUCUGCCAAGGCUCAGAUUCAGUGGCGUCAAUCCAGAUGUCAGAGUCAUAAGCAAUUACGAGCCUGGACAGGGCUUCACCAUCGGGACGACGCUCGUCACGUACAGGAUUCCAGAAACAAAGGCUGAAUGUCAGUUUUAUGUGAGCGUAUUAGAUAAUCAGCCUCCCGUCAUAAGAGACUGUCCUGAUGACGUAAUUGUCCCCGUCAACUCGUCAUCCGGCCAACUGUCCGUCAGUUGGAGUCCUCCUUCGAUCUCUGACAACUCUGGCCGUGACAUACAGCUAACAUUUAAGUGCAGAGCAACCACACCAACUGAAUGCAACGAAGCUGGAGAGGGAACCUUCUCGGUCGGCAUUACCACAGUGAUCUAUAAAGCUCAAGACCAGAGUGGUAUAGAGAGUGUUUGCCAAUUCACUGUUAAUGUAACAGUUGUGAAUCUUGCCUGCCCGCAAAAUGUGACAGUAACACCCAAUCCUGGGUCUUCAAGAGCGAGCGUAAGCUGGCCAGAACCGAUACUAACUGGAUGGGAUGGACCAACGAAUGUCGCCUCGAAUUUCAACCCCGGUGAUAUGUUCUCAAUAGGGGCUGAGAAAGUUGUCUAUCGGCACAGAUUUGAGGCAUUUAGCUUCGAAUGUUCUUUCUUUGUGCAGGUUUUAGAUAAUGAACCUCCGGAGAUCAAUGGCUGCCCUGAUGAUGUCAUCAUUCCUGUUGGCUCAUCGUCCAGUCGGGUGCCUCAUGUGUGGACACCUCCUUUGAUCACUGAUCAAGGAGAAGUCAAUGUGUCGUUCAGUUGCCAGGCACUAGCUCCCACUGAGUGUUACCAGGCUGGUGAUGGAAUUUUCUCCGAAGGCAUUACCAUAGUGAUGUACAAAGCUCAGGACCAGUCAGGCAAUGAAAACGUUUGUAGAUUCGUUAUCGAGGUUACUGUCGUGAAUCUUGUCUGUCCAGCAAACGUGACAGCCUUUGCCAAUCCUGGUUCGACAAGAACCAGUGUGAACUGGAUGGAACCAGACCUUAUUGGAUGGAACAGACCAACAAAUCUCACCUCCAGUGCCAACCCUGGCGCUGUAUUUAUGAUAGGAACUCAUAGGGUUUCCUAUCAGCAGUGGUUUGGAGAGUACAACUUGCGUCUCGGUUGUUCUUUCUUUAUUGUGGUAGUUGAUAACCAACCUCCAGUCAUCACAAGCUGUCCUAAUGACAUAAUUGUCCCCGUCAACUCGUCAUCCAGUCAGCAAUCCGUCAGUUGGUUUCCUCCCUCGAUCUCUGACAACUCUGGCCGUGACAUAGAGGUGACACUGGAUUGCCUGGCAACCGCACCCACUGAAUGUAACGAAGCUGGAGAGGGAACCUUCUCGGUUGGGAAUACCACGGUGAUCUAUAAAGCUCAAGACCAGAGUGGCACGGAGAGCAUUUGCCAGUUCACUGUUAUUGUAAAAGUUGCAAAUUUUGUCUGCCCACCAAAUGUGACAGUCACGCUCAACCCUGGGUCUUCAAGAACGAGUGCAAGCUGGCCACAACCGGUACUAGCUGGAUGGGAUGGACCAACGAAUGUCACGUCAAAUUUCAAGCCCGGCGAUAUGUUCACGAUAGGGACUGAGAAAGUUGACUAUCGGAGCAGUUUCGAGUUGUAUAACUUCCAGUGUUCUUUCUUUGUGCAUGUUUUAGAUAUUGAACCUCCGGAGAUCAUUAGCUGCCCCGAUGACGUCAUCAUCCCUGUCGGUUCAUCGUCCAGUUGGGUGCCUCAUGUGUGGACACCUCCUUUGAUCACUGAUCAAGGAGAAGUCAAUGUGUUGUUCAUAUGCCAAGCACUAGCUCCCAUUGAGUGUAACCAGGCUGGUAGUGGAACUUUCUCUGAAGGCGUUAACACAGUGAUGUACAAAGCUCAGGACCAGUCAGGGAACGAAAAUGUCUGUAGAUUUGUCAUUCAAGUCACUGUUGUGGAUCUUGUCUGCCCAGAAAACAUGACGGCCUUAGCUAAUCCUGGUUCGAAAAGAAGCAGUGUGAACUGGAUGGAACCGGACCUGACUGGAUGGAACGGACCAACAAAUCUCACCUCCAGUGCCAACCCCGGCUCUGUAUUUAUGAUAGGAACUCAUAGGGUUUCCUAUCAGCAAUGGUUUGCUGCGUACGAGUUGGGUCUUGACUGUUCUUUCUCUGUUAUGGUAGUGGGUCGUUGCCCAUCCAACAGCACCAGUGACGGUCUAAGAUGGCCCGCAGUGACAGCAGGAUCAACAGCAAAGUCUGUCCAACGGUGCGCGUUGACGACAGCCAAAGCUGGGCAACCCCUCGCAGUCAGGAACUGCUCAAUCGAGAACCCGCCGAUCUUCUUCCAGUGGGAAGAGCCGGAACCUCGCAGCUGCGGUGAAGCUAAGAACGAGGUCUCCCUCGAUAAUGUUGCCAGGGUAGACGUAAGUGAAGGCAACGUGGUUGAAGUGGCCGAGUUUCUGGCAAAUCAGACAUCAGAGUCAACUAAGGAUGCCGAAAACGUGGGAGCGGUUUCCGCCAUUUUGGUGAACGUCGUUAGCACAAGAUCAGGGAAUAAAGAGGUGGCAGAAUUAGUGGUGCAGACGGUGAGCAAUGUCAUUAAAAGUACCGAGACCACAGCCGACUCAAAGACCCCUGAUAUCAAUGCUGGAAACUCCUCUGCCAUCAUCCGGUCCGUAGAGGCUCAAGUCUCCUUGACCCUGAGAAAAGAAGGAAAGGUCAGUAUACGGCAAGACAAGGUCCACGUGGAGGCGGUCAGUCUGGACCCCGAGAAGGCUAGCGGCGGAUUCAGCUUUGUGUCCGCAAGGCAGGCCGGACAAGAGCUGCCACGAGAUGGUUCACUCGGCGGUGCUGAAGUGAAUACGUUUUUCGAUACUAAAGACAUCCCGGCUGAUAUCGAGGUGGUGGCAUCAGUUAGAUUACCAGGAAAUAUAGCCGACUCAAUAUACCCAUCUGAUGGGAACAACUCUGUACAGCUGCAGGCCAGUUUCCUGAUCUACGCAGAUGACACCUUGUUCCAGUCUGCUUCACUCAGAAAGUACCGAGGAGAGAAUAACUCGACUCGUAAGGUCGCUGGAUCCGUCGUCUCGCUGACUGUGGAAAAUGUUGAACUUGUGAACCUCACUGAGCCACUUGUCAUUGAAUUCAAGACUCCCAAUAAUGUAACGGAUGAAGAGUUGCAGACGAUCCAGUGUGUCUCCUGGGAUUUUAAUCUCGAGGAUGGAGUUGGUGAUUGGUCACCAGCUGGCUGCGAGCGAGCAGGAUUAACGGCUGACAAAAUGUCUUGUGAUUGUUACCACGCCACCAACUUUGCCGUCCUUUUGGACGUCAAGGGCCAGGUACCGGAAGAUACCCCUGAGAAGAAAGCACUUGAUGUCAUCAGUCAGGUCGGCUGUGCCUUGUCGAUCGUAGCUCUGGCUGUCACGUUAAUAAUUUAUCUGUCGAUUAGGAAGCUGCGAAGUGGCAUAUCUCGCCAGAUCUUCAUCCAUUUCUGCUUCUCCCUCCUGAUGUUGUACAUCGUGUUUCUCGCUGGUAUAGACAACGCAAAGGGCUCUGGAGGUGGUUGUGUGUUUGUGGCUGCUUUACUCCACUACUUGACUCUAUCCACUAUGAUGUGGAUGGCUGUUGAAGCCAGGAACAUGUACAUCAGUACGGUGAAGGUGUUCCCAGAAGACAGGCCUCGGUACAUGCUCAAGGCUUGCCUCAUUGCUUGGGGAUCUUCACUGAUUGUACUGACAAUAACCUUAGCAGCAGGUACAAACCACUACAAGAACGACCAUUACUGUUUCCUGCGACCUGGUCUUGUGCUGUACAUUGGUCUCCUUACUCCCAUCGGUCUCAUCCUCAUCCAUAACAUCAUCACCUUCGUCUUGGUCAUGCGUAGUCUCCUGAAGGUCAAAGAGGUAUCACGCUCCCAGCAGAUCUCCAAACGCCUCCAGAACGCCGUGGGUAUCUCCGCCCUCAUGGGGUUGACCUGGUGUUUUGGGUUCCUGGCCAUUGAAGGAGCAACUUUUAUCUUUCAGCUCAUCUUCUGUCUUGCCAACUCCUUACAGGGCGUGGUUGUCUUCAUCAUGUUCUGCGCCCGACGUGAAGAGGUUCGCUUGGCCCUUACCCCCUACGUGAGACGUAUCUGCUGCGGGCGGGAGUGCCGUCUGCCGGCAUUGCAUCCUGUCAAGUCUAAAGAUGUUGAAAUGAUCUCCACCACGGCACCAACUGUACAUUCUACUGGACAGACUGGACAGUUCGACUUGUCAAUCUCCAUACCGAAUGCGCCCUUUGAGAGCGACUCAUAAGCGGAAAGAACGUUUACAUAGAUC